GUCAACGACACCCAUCACAUUAAUAAUAACAAUACAGCCUCACAGCAGUGGUCUCUAGGUCUAUCAUGAGCCGCAAUUUCUUACCUGCCGUUCUGGCGAUUGGCGUAGGCGUUUUCACCGGAUAUUAUACCUUCCAACCGGCAUUGAGGGAACUGCAGACCGAGAAAGCCAGCACACAGCUUCCGCCGCCUGUUCCCAAUACUUCGUCGACACAGAUCUCGGAGAAAGAUGCAUGGACAAGUUCGACCAAGACCGGGCAUGAUCCUCAGAACUAAAUCAGACAGGAGUGUUUCGACCAUCGAAAGUGACGGCUGAGAAAUAUCAUCGAUAGAAUGAAGAUGCAUAAUAGAGUGGCAUCUCUAUUGUCUACGUGCCUUCUGCCCACCUUUUACAACUUCCUGGAAGCCGGAAGGUUGAGAGCCAAAUAUAUUGGUUGUAUCGAACCAAUGCCCAUCCCAACAAGGAAGACAAUCCGCUCCAAAAUUCGUGUGUUCGCUCUUAAUGGCAGCAAUUGGCUGCUGCAAGGUCAUCGUUGAGAGGGGAGACAACCACUGGAAACGCCAAGCCCAAAGCAAUUUGAACUGAAGUAUACAAUCUGUGAGCAACAUGGAGUAUGGAUGUGAUAUAUAUCUAUCUUGAAUGACGUGUCAUUUCCUUCAUCAGGGUCAAAACACUCGGUCGUAGAGAGCACCCAAGU